AUGCCCGGAGCGGCUGCAGGGACGGCGGCUACAGGAGCAGGCUCGUCAGGAGCGGUAGCAGCGGGGAUGCUCCCAGCUCAGGAGGCGGCCAAGAUCUACCACACCAACUACGUGCGAAACUCGCGGGCCAUCGGCGUGCUCUGGGCCAUCUUCACCAUCUGCUUUGCCAUCGUCAACGUGGUGUGCUUCAUCCAGCCGUACUGGAUCGGGGACGGCGUGGACACCCCUCAGGCGGGCUACUUCGGGCUCUUCCACUACUGCAUCGGCAACGGCUUCAGCCGGGAACUCACCUGCCGGGGCAGCUUCACGGACUUCUCCAGCCUCCCCUCGGGAGCGUUCAAAGCUGCGUCCUUCUUCAUCGGGCUCUCGAUGAUGCUCAUCAUCGCCUGCAUCGUCUGCUUCAUCCUCUUCUUCUUCUGCAACACAGCCACCGUUUACAAGAUCUGUGCCUGGAUGCAGCUGACCUCGGCUGCCUGUCUCGUCCUGGGUUGUAUGAUUUUUCCUGAUGGCUGGGAUUCAGAUGAGGUAAAACGGAUGUGUGGUGAAAAGACAGACAAGUACACGCUGGGGGCUUGUUCAGUCCGCUGGGCGUAUAUCCUGGCAAUUAUUGGAAUCUUGGAUGCCCUGAUCCUCUCAUUUCUGGCAUUUGUGCUUGGAAACAGACAAGACAGCUUGCUAGCAGACGAGCUCAAGUUGGAAAACAAAGGUAGGACUGCUUUAGAAACACUAUUGCUGGGUGGCCGCAAGGGCAAUUUCUUAAAAACAAUAAUCAGUUUCAAUUUCAUUUUAUUUUAUGCUUAA